AUGCCCGGAGGAUGCAUAACAUAUGCUGCCGCCCUUGCCUCUUGGCCUCUGCCUGUCUCACCUGCCAAGCCCCUGUCCUCUCCAGCUUUUGGUCAAGGUUCCGUACUUACGCAUACCAACACCUACUGCUUGUGUAAUGACACCACCUUAGCUCGGAAGAGAAUAUCGCAGACAUCAAUUACGAUUUUCUUCUGUCCUGUAGUAGGGAGUUCUCUCGAGCCUUGGUCGUCAGAUCACCCAGCCAGCUCAGCGCAUUUGUUCUGCCAGACUAUUCACAAACGAAUGGGCAAGUUCCCUUCUUCUCCCCCGCCUACAUCCUCUAUUCUCAUAGUCCCUUCCACGCCCACUGACAACGGGAUCUAG